AUGUUGAUGCAGAGAAGCGUACCUGGCAUUCAAAAUCACGGGACGUACCGUGUCCGUGCGCGCAACGCCCGGAGUCGCGCAACGCCCGAAUCAUCUCAACUACACUAUUUUUUGACGCGUCGUAUCUCAACAACCAUGGCAGCUAUUGACAAAGCGCUUACAGCAAUCAAUGCGCUAAAGCCAGGCGACAAACUUGUGUACCAGACUUUUGCUACAAAGUUUGGUGUUAAUCGCUUAACUCUGUCCUGGCGACACAAGCGCGUACAACACGCUCAGGAGACCAAGGACAUCAACCAACAACGGCUCACGCCACAACAGGAGAUGGAGCUUGUAAAGUACAUAGAAUUGCUUACCAGUCGCCACUUACCACCUACACAAGAGAUAAUCCAGAAUUUCGCGUCGCCAAUAGCCCAAAAUCUAGUCUCUGAGAGCUGGGUUACGCGCUUUAUCAACAAAUACUCUAUCCAUCUUAUCUUGCGUUACUCAACUGGGAUAGAUCGCCAACGCCACAACGCUGAUUCCUACAAUAAAUACGAGCUCUAUUUCAACCUGCUGCAGCACAAAAUCGCUAAAUACUUAAUUGAGAGUCGCUACACAUACAAUAUAGAUAAGAAGGGCUUUAUGAUUAGGGUUACAGGUAGAACAAAACACGUCUUCAGCAGGCGUAUGUGGAUGAAGGGAGAGGUUACAGCAUCUAUCUAA